CGGGAAUAUUUGCGUUGCGCAAGGCCUGGUGUGAGGUAGUUCCUGAAAGGCAGUAGACCAACUCGUACUGGAGUUCCCCACAUAAAGACAAGCGGGUCGCCUGCUUGAGACACUCCAGUCUUGGCGCGACGCUCGUAGCACUUGGUCGCUCUGCGCUGCUGCUGCCGCUGCUGGUGCUGCUGCUCGGAACUUCUCGGUACUGGUUUGGGUGGUGCGGAGUCCAGCCAGGCUCAGACGACGAGGCAUCGGAAUCACAACACAGCUCCACGCGUGCCUUCCCUUCCCCGGCGCCUUCACUCUUCAGUCGUCACCAUGCAGACCUUCACGCUGGUCUCCUCCGUGGCGGUGCUGGUGGUGGUGCUGGUGCUGCCCUCCUCUCAUGUAGUCCAUGCCCGUGGUGUGAGGGUGGCCCGGCAGACCUCAGGCGCGCCGUCCGCCCUUUUCAGCGGAGGGACCGUUAAGUUUGGAGGGGGCAGACCUGCUUCUCAGCCUAGCGUGGGUGCUCUUAUCAGCGGCUCAUCGCUCAGUAAUCGCAACGCGCCUCCGCCCAUCGUGUUCGGUCCCCGCCCACAGCGGACUCGGUUCCCCACAACACGUCCGCGUCCCAACCCUUGGUUCUUUAGGCGCUUCUGAUCACAAUGUGUAGUCUUCAUACUCUUUAAUUUAUUAAGAAAAUCUGUGCAACUUGAAUAAUGAUUUUCUUUUAAGUACCUGUUUUAACGAAAUGAUGUAGCAUUUUGAAUAAUGAUAAUUUGUUGGUGACCAAUAAAUCUAUGAAAUGUA